GGCCGACAGUGGUGGUCAGCAAUUUUUGCAUUAUAAUAGAACCUCUGCCGUCAGUCUCGGUGUUUGGCGGUACCGUGUAAUGUUUGAAUUUGAAAAGGUGUGUGUUGUGACAAUAAUUGCGCGGCCUAUUUCGAAUUAAAUUGUCAUUAUUCGGGACUUCGACAUGGAACCGCCGAAUAUCAAAAUUAUACCAGCGACGCCGGAAACUGAAACUCCUAAACGUCGAGUAAGCAUUGUAGAAUGCGAUGCCGAUAGAAUGGAUGCACCUAAGAGAAAAGGGAUUUUGCACAUGAUUAGUCCUUCUGUAGACAAAGCUUCUUAUGGCACCAAAGACGAAAAAAGAGAAAAUGGAGACGUGCUGCCAGGCUUAUAUAAAACGCAAAGCUUCAGCUACAACGGAUCGCAAGACCAACAUUCCAAAAAUUACCAAGAUGAUGGCAGAUCAUGGUGGUACAAAUUCUGCGUCAAAUGUCGCGGCAAAGACGAAUCCAUACCGGCAUGGGAACCAGACGUUUGGCCCAAAUAUUGUCCGUAUCCGUUUUUUCCAACUUACCGACAAUUUUCUAGAAUAAUUUGUUUAAUUUUAAUAGGAUUCUUAUCGUGGUGUGCCAUAUAUUCGAUUGUAGGUGAAACUGCCGCCCCUCCACACGGAAAAUUGUUUCAACUUAUACUGCUAAGUAUAUGCGCUUAUUUGGGUGGCUGGUUGACGAGUUUAACUACUCUUCCUGCCCUUAUAGGGAUGCUGUUUACUGGUCUGUUUUUGCAAAAUGCUGGAGUUGUUAAUUUGGACGAGUCGUUUUCGGAAAUGGCGAAUAAAAUCAGACAUGGAGCCCUUGUAAUUAUUCUUAUAAGAGCCGGCCUGGACCUGGACCCCAAAGCUCUAUGGAGACUCAAAUUUAUCGUAGUAAGGCUCAGUCUCAUACCCUGGAUAAUUGAAGGCGGAGUUUGCGCCAUUUCAGCUCGUUUUCUUCUCGGAAUGACUUGGGACUAUUCCAUACUACUUGGUAGUAUUAUUGCAGCCGUGGCACCAGCAGUAGUGGUACCAUGUCUAUUCAGAUUGCGUACUAAAGGCUACGGAGUAACCAAAGGCAUCCCAACUCUAAUCAUAGCUGUAGCCAGUAUAGAUGACGCCACCUCCAUAGCAGUAUUUGGCAUCAUCAAAAGUAUCAUGUUUAUUCACAGUUCAAUGACGUCGUUAAUACUACAAGGCCCAGUUUCAAUUUUUGGUGGAUUUGGUUUCGGAAUCUUAUUUGGAGUAUUACUACACUACGCGCCUGAGCGAAAUGAUAAGUUUGUGGUUCCUUUCAGGAUAAUCAUGCUUCUAGCAGGAGGCAUGGCAGCUAUUUACUUCAGCGAACAUUUAGGAUAUGGAGGAGCUGGUCCCCUAGGUGCAGUUGUUGCCGCUUUUGUGUCUUUAAUCUUCUGGACCAAGCAAGGCUGGAGUAUUGAAGACAAUCCUGCAUCGACAGCAUUUGAAAUAUUUUGGAUGAUUGUUGAACCAGUACUAUUUGGUAUUACUGGUGCACAACUCAAAUUCGAAGAGCUACACGGCACUGUUGUGUUAAUUGGAGUUGGAAUUUUGAUUUUGGGAGUCAUCGUAAGAAUUCUAGCCACUCUGGUUACUGGAAUCGGUUGCGGUUUGAAUUUGAAAGAAAAACUGUUUUGCGCCAUAGCGUGGAUGCCUAAAGCUACAGUUCAGGCUGCCUUAGCACCAAUAGUCCUCUCGCAAGUACCCGACACGAACUCGGAAGAACAUCGUUACGCCAAAAAAAUCGUUACGGUUUGCAUUUUAUCAAUUAUGAUAACAACCACAAUAGGAGCAGCUUUAGUGACACUUUUGGGCAGUAGACUUUUAAGAAAAACCAAAUUCGCUGUUGAACCAGAGCAAUGGAGAAGAUCUCAUAGACCUUCUGUAAGGGAUAUAAGUAUUAUUGAAGAAGACGAAGAGGAAGAUGAUGAUGAGGAUUCUGAGGCGAAAGCUGAAAAGGAUCCCCACAGUGAGCUCACUGUGGAUGAUGUUAGGAAAAAGUUUUAUACGAAAAAUGAAGCAGGUAUUGAUAAUUUGGCUCUGGAUAUUGAUGAAAUAACUCCUAAGGAUGUAGAAUUGAUUACUUGUCAGACAGUUAAUAAUAAAUUAAUCUCUAAAAUAAAUAACGAUGAAGCGAUUUCUGUGGAAAAAGAGACUAGUGACACUUUAACAGAAAAACUACGCAAAUCAAAUAUUGUUACGAGCGAUUCUUCAAAAAAUGAUAAUACCAAAGAAAUGAAUGAAGCAUGUGAUAACCAAGAAGUAAAAGAUGAUGAUGAAGAUAAAAUUGCAACAUGUGAUAAUAGAGGCAGUAUACCUAGUUGAAAUUAAGGAGGAAUAAGCUUAUAAUAAGUAAAUAAUAAAUAACCAUUAAAUCUGUUUUUUUUGUGACUUGUAUAAAUUAAAUAUAUUUUUAAAAGAAGU